CCCAUCUUCAUCCAUCUUGUUCUGAAUCUGCUAACCAUGAUAAAGAAUCCAUCUUUCCAGCAAUCUUUGGAUACGGAAUCCACCUCUUCUUCUCUUUUGAAUUUGUCUAUCAAGGAUCCUGCUCCAAUAUCUUCUUCGUCCUCUUCUUCUCCUGUCCCCGAUAUCAAACCUGAUAACAAAAUCAAUCACAUUUCAUCUCCCAACUACUUUGUUCAAGCAAAAAUUGCUAGUGACUUUGACAAUGAUAAUCAUGAUAAUGAUCAUGAUCACUCAGAAAAAGCUGAUGAUGAACUUAAAUACACUAGCUUUUUAAGGAAACCAACUGAUUCCUCAACAGCCAUCAAAACCAGCAAUACUAUCAUCGGAUUGUCUCCAUCGGGUGGGCCUCCUAUUCCUCCUCAACUUCGAACUCAUCUGAAUGGCUCUAUUGCCUCAACAAACAGCCAGACUAGAUCAAAUCGAAGUAAUUCUAUCGGCUCCAAUCACUUUAAUAUUCAUGGUAAUUUUCCUUCUUCAAACAAUCCCAAUAGCAUCAACAAUCCUUAUAGAGUCAAUAUCACCACUUCUAAUAACUCUCCUAACAAUUCUACUCAAAAUCUCUCAAAUAGAUCCCCCAGCAGCAUUCCUCAUAAUUUCCUAACAAGACUGCAAAACAAUUCCUCAAACAGUAUUGCAAAUAGAUCUCCCAAUAGUAUACCACCCAAUCUUCUAAAUAGACUGUCAAACAGUCACCCAAACAUUUCAGGAAUGCCAGGUGUUCCUUCACAAAACCUUUUAAAUAACAAAAACCCACAAUUACAAAGAUAUUCUUCAAUGUCUCCUCCAGCUGGCCCAAGAAAUAAUACAAACUCUUCUCAACCAUUGCUCUCUUCAAACAAUCACUUUCCCCCAUCCAUAAAAAACAAAAAAACAUUGUCCGAACGAAGAAACUUACAUUUCAAACUUCCAUUCAGUGAUUCCAAUGUUAAUUCCAACAAUAAUUUCAACACAAAUUCCAAUACCAAUUUCAAUAAUAAUUCCAAUAAUGAUUCCAAUAAUAAUUUCAAUAAUAAUUCCACUACCAAUUUAAAUUAUUCAAACAAUUUUAAUAAUUUUAACAAUUUUAGUCCCAAUUCUCAGAACAGCAUAAAGGUUAGUAAUAAUAUGCCAAGGAUGAAUAUCAGUCCUCCAAUUCCUAAUUCCUUGAGGAAUUUUCCUAAAAAGAACAAUAAAUUUCAAAAACUUUACAACACAAAAUUGGAUUUAUCCUCUGAUGGUAAUUUCAACUCAAAUAUUUCUUCGACAAUUAAUUCCAAUAGAAUUCCAAAAGGUGAAAACAACAACAACAACAGCAACUACACCAUCAAAAGACCAAAUUCUUUUAACAACAACAUCAACAACAGCAACAAUAAUAAUAACACCAAUUCCAUUUUCAGCGGUCAAUUUCAAGAUUAUUCAAAUUAUUUAGAUAAAAGUGGCUCUCUUAAUUUUUCUGGAAAAGCCUCUUUGCAUUCAGAUGGUAUUGAGUUUUCUUCUGGUACUUCUUUCAAUGUAUCUCUAAGUGACUUCAAAAUGAUAUCUGAGUUAGGCAGUGGUAAUUAUGGGACAGUUAAGAAGGUUUUACACACAACUUCUAAUGUUACAAUGGCCAUCAAAGAAGUCCAUCUAGAAUUGGAUGAAGCCCGAAUUAAACAAAUUAUAAUGGAACUAGAAGUCCUACACAACUGCAAUUCUCGGUUCAUAGUCGACUUUUUUGGUGCCUUUUUCGUUGAGGGAAAUGUUUGUAUGUGUAUUGAAUAUAUGGAUGGUGGAUCCAUUGAUCAGGUCUAUUUUGAAGGCUUUGAUGAACCAUAUUUAGCCAUUGUAACCAAGAGUGUUGUAUUGGGGCUAAAACAACUAAAAGAUGAUCAUAAUAUCAUUCACAGAGAUGUUAAACCCACAAAUAUUUUGGUAAAUACCAAAGGAAAAGUCAAACUAUGUGAUUUCGGUGUUUCGGGGAAUUUGGUUGCUUCUUUGGCUAAAACUAAUGUUGGUUGUCAAAGCUACAUGGCACCCGAAAGAAUCAAAAACAAAAACGAAUACACCAUCCAAUCAGAUGUUUGGUCAUUGGGAAUUUCUAUUGUUGAAAUUAGCGAUGGUCAAUAUCCUUACAAAAUUGAAUCCACGAAUAUAUUUAAUGUUAUUGCUCAAAUUAUAGAUGGCGAUCCUCCUAAAUUCAAGAACCCUAACAUUAGCGAAGAUGCAAAAGAUUUUAUCCUGAAAUGUUUGAAAAGAGAUCCAAAAUUAAGACCAACAUAUAAUGAUUUAUUAAAGCAUAAGUGGUUGAAUACCUAUAUGGAUGUUGACGAUCCAGACUACAGCAAAGAUAAUGGUUUAAUACCUGUUGAAAUGGCAAAGUACAUUACCAAAAGAGUUGAACGAAGAGAAAAAAUCAGAAAAGAAAAAUUAAAUAGAGCAUAAUAAGGCCUUAUAAUAAAAUGGAAAAAUCAAAAUUUUUCUGCAUUUUUUUUAAACUAAGUUUUUGAUUAUAUUUUUUUUUGUUUU